CUCCACGCUCCUACUCAGGCACAACUCUUCAGAAUUCAUGAAGGGACUUUAUCAGGAUGACAUCCCCAAGUUUUGACGUAAAAGCGCAUACAUGGCUGCUACACUAGUUACUAAGGCGCAGCAGUGGGCCCGAAUGUCUCCGGAAGGGCGCGCUACCAACCGUGCCGUACAAAGUCGCAACGAAUCCGGCAAGAUGCGGAAUAAACACUUCUAAUCACAAUGACUGUCUCUCUGUCUCCUACUUUUCGUCGAAUUUCAGCAACAACUAAGUUACAUUUCCGUACGGGGUUCUCACGUUGUUUUCACAAAGACAGCAGAAAAAUGAGCGCUCCAAGUCUGCAACUGGAUCCCAAUGAGCGAGUGCACGUGCUGGGACUGGGCAGCAUCGGGACAUUUAUGGCAUACUGCCUAACCGAUGUGCCUUCCAGACCUUGCACAACGUUGAUGCUGCAUCGACCUGCGCUCUACGAUGCUUUCAAGAAAAACAACGAGAAAAUCAGCAUAACUACAACGAAACAGACGCAAGAGCACGGAAGAUUUAACGCGGAAGGAUCUAAUGCGGAAGGAUUUGACGCGGAGGGAUUUGACGCCGAAGUGUUGGACAAUGACGGUUCCUGGCGGCGGACUACCAGGCAACAAAGCACCACAGAACAAACAAACCCCCACUGGGAAAACACCACCAACGAACCGAUCCGCCAACUGGUAGUAGCCACGAAAACGAUCCACACAGUUGGAGCCCUCAAGCCGUUGCAAAGCCGACUCACUCCUGAAACCACCAUCCUUUUCAUGCAAAACGGCAUGGGCAUAGUCGAAGAAGUCAACCGAUCCCUGUUCACUGAUCCCGUGUCCCGGCCAAAAUACCUCCUCGGAGUCAUCUCGCACGGUGUUGGCCGCGACGCGCCGUUCCGGAUCACGCACACAGGCUUCGCUGCCGCGUCCGUGGGGCCAUCUUCAUCCCGCCCAGAAGAACAGGGCAGCGACUAUCUGCUCCGCACGCUACCGCAGAGCCCGCUCCUGAACGCUACCGCGUACUCCUACGAAGACGUCUUGCAGAUGCAGUUGGAGAAACUUAUCGUCAACUCCUAUUGCAACCCGGUCUGCGCUUUGCACGAUUCGAAAAACGGAAUCUUGCUCGGAGAGACGCAUCGGAAACUAAAGCUGGAGCUUUUUGCUGAGGUGGUGCAGAUUAUCCACAGAAUGCCGGAGCUACAGGGCGUUGAAGGCUUGAAGAACCGAUUUGGCAUGGAGAGAUUGGAGGCGACGGUUGAUGGGAUUCUGGAGAAAACGCGCAAUACGACUUGCUCGAUGGUGUGGGACCUGAGGGCUAAGAGGGAGACGGAGAUUGCGUUCAUCAAUGGGUAUUGGGUGAAGAAGGGCAUUGAAUUAGGCGUGGAUACGCCUGUGAAUAACAUGUUGGUGCAUCGCAUCCAAGAGAUACAGUCGAGCUGGAGGGCUUAGUGUCAACUUGAACCCUUUUUGGAAAUCGGUAUCUCUUCCAGCAAUAAACGUCCGUCAUCGCGAACUGAGAUCCACUAUAUAGCGAGACAGUAGACGAUACAAGCAGUCCCUACAGAGCACUUCUUAGCCAGCUCCUAGCCCGAGUUCUAGGUAUAGAUAAGAGGGUCCUAGAGUAUAUAUACACUCUAUGUAUCUUAGCUGAGUAUCUUCUUCUACUCUAUAUAAAUAUUACUAUCUCGUCUUACGGUGA